CGGUGUCGCAAGUCAACCUGCGAUCGUGCGACGUCAUGGCGUCAAUGUCGGACGCCCAGACGAAGCGACUGAUGGGUAGGCUCAGCAGCAUCAAGCAUGUCCUGCUCGUCCUCUCCGGCAAGGGCGGCGUAGGGAAAUCGUCAGUCGCCGUGCAGCUCGCCUUGACGUUACUCAGCUCCCAGCCCGGCGCACGCAUCGGCUUGCUUGAUAUCGAUCUCACUGGCCCAUCGGUUCCUCGCAUGAUGGGCAUGGAAGGCCAGGACGUGCAUCAAUCGCGCGAGGGAUGGGUGCCAGUGCACCUCUAUGCGCCGAAGAAAGAGGAUGCGUCAGCAGAUGAAGAAAGAGGCGUACUCAAGUGCAUGAGCAUCGGCUUCCUCCUCAGCAACAGUCAGGAGAGCGUCGUCUGGCGUGGCCCAAAGAAGACGGCCAUGAUCAGGCAAUUCCUGGGAGACGUCAGGUGGGGUGAACUGGAUUGGCUUAUCAUCGACACACCGCCGGGCACGUCUGACGAGCACAUAUCCCUCCUCGAGCAGCUAAGGCCCUUGCUUAUGCCUGCCGUAGAGAGCAUCGCCUUGCCGACAUUAGACUCUCUGCUCGUCACAACACCUCAGGCUGUAUCGCUCUCGGACGUGUCUAAAGAGCUCUCGUUUGCACGCAGAACGAGCCUGCCUGUGCUCGGACUCAUCGAGAACAUGUCUGGCUACGUCUGCCCUCAUUGCGGCGACAUCACGCCCGUCUUUGGCAAGGGCGGUGGCGAGGACUUUUGCAGGAUAGAAGAAGAGAAGCGGAUGGCCGGCCAGGGCGAAGGCUGUCGCUUUCUCGGUCGAUUACCCAUAGAUACAGAAUUUGUCGUGCUUAUGGACACUGCUGCGCGCAAGCAACAGGUCGUCGAUGGGCUGUUGCCCGCAGAGACUCUGCUAGACCGAUAUGUCAAGACGCCGACAUAUAAGAUCUUCAAGGAGAUCUGCACAAAGAUAGUGUCGCUAGUGGAAGCAGAAUAGAUAUUUGCAAACGUUCUCAAUGUUGUUGACAUGUAUAGUGCAGCCCCCACCAAGUUGCGAGCACAAGGAUGCAGCAAAAAGUACAAUC